CCUCGGUCGGCUCGGUGGGCCGCACGAGCACCGACGAGAGUCAACAACAACUAAGCCGAUCGAGGCUGAGCUUCCCUGCUCCUCUUGCCUUCUCCGUCUCCCUCCCAACCCUCUUCCUCGUCGAUCGCCACCAGCUCGAGGCCCAGCCCUCCGUCCCGGGGAUCGAUCUCCGCACACGGUAGGUACUUGUAGGGCUUCGUGGCGGCGCCCAUGGAGACGAGGAAGGAAAUCCUGGAGCUUCGCGAGCGUCUGGACAAGACCCUGGCGUGCUCUGAUCUCGCCGACGAGGGCUCUUUGAGAUCUCUGGUCAAGAACCAGAUUUUGGAGUCCUCUCUGCCUGGCUCUGACCAAGGCAACAUCGAUUUGAUUGCUGAAGCACGAGCCAAAGAAGUCUCGAAUUUUCUUGAAAUGCUAGACACUUCAGGAAAUGAACGGCCUUCAGAUAUUCGUGGGCCACAACAGAAGGAGUGGAAGGUGAAGCAGGAUACAGACCAAUUACGGGUCAUGUACCGUGAAGGUCCAGAUGGGACCCCAUUUCAUACUCUUCUUGCUGAAGGCUUUGCUGAUGGUCCUAUCGAUGUUUGUACAUGUGUGUCAUGGGAAUCAGGUCUAUACAGAAAAUGGUUUCCGCAGUACAAUCUGCCAACAUUUAAAAUCGCUCAGUCAGGUUGCUUGAAAAAGAUUCGGAUUGGUGAAGAAAUUUCUUUGAUCAGGGUGAAGGUCCCCUGGCCAGUUUCAGAGAGAGAAGCUCUUCUACACUACUUUCAGUUUGAGUAUCUUAAAGAAGACCUUGUCAUUGUGAUCAUGAAAACUAUAUCCAAUUUGGAUAAUCUCAGUAUGCAGACACAUGGAUUUACUAUAGAUGGAAUCCCUGAAGCUGGUGACACGAUUCGGAUGGAUGUAGUUGGAGGCUUUGUCUUACAGAGGAUUACCAAGGAAAGAAGUUUUUUCAGGGCAGUAGCUAAUAUGGACAUUAAGCUAGACUUUGUUCCCCCAUGGCUGAUCAACUUUAUGUCCAGACAGCUAAUCGGCAGUGGGCAUAAGCUAUACCAGAAGGCUGUUAGUACUGUGGCCGCUUGUGAUGAAGACUACAAGCAAGCUUUACGAGCACCGCUCUAUGCAAGAAUACGCGAGUACCAGCAUUCUGCUGACAAGGCAAAGGUGACUUCAGUUGAGGAAAGCGCUAAUGAAGUGCUCCCUGAGAAUCCCACUGUACAUAAUCCUCUGGCAGUCACUACUAAUCUCAGACCAUGCAGUGAGAUUAUCGAAGAAGAGAGUGAACAGAACACAUCUUUUAAGCUGGAUAAUCUUGCAACCGGCUUUUCUAACCAACCAGCCGGGCAAGUGCAGCAAGUUGAAAAUAAGUCUUUCACUAGUCCUGAUAGAACAGUCAAGCAAGCACAGCAAGUCGAAAAUAAACCGAUGAUUAGUCCUGAGGUGCAGAAGGCUUUGGGCAUACUGGACACUGCCAUUGCAGUUCUUCAAGGCAACAGAUCUGCAAACAUCAGUGCUCUCAGAAAGCUCCUCAGUUAUGAUGCAACGUCGGAAGAAGGAAGUGCCAUCAGUACAAGAAAUUCACAUACCCUCGACGUUCUCGAUACAGACAAUCUCCCAAAUGGAUACCCUCUUGCCACAUCACCUCAUGAUUCAAGAGAGAUCCGGCAAACUUAUUUAAUGCCCGACAAGGAGGUGCGCGACAGGGAGGAAGGUGCUAGCGAAAGUGAUUCUCCUAAAAACAUGACCGCUUCUACCAUAACGACGACAAAAUCCAUGACAUUGAGGAGCACAAUAAAGGUGCAUGAAGAAGAGACCCUGAAUAGCGAUGGCCUCUAUCAGAACGGUUUCCACAGUGGAAAAGAGCCCAAGAGACCAAAGAAGACCAAAAGGUGGCUUUGCUGCUUAACGCCUAGCACCGUAGGAUGACGAGAACCCAUCGUAGGGGCUCUCAUGGUUAACGCUUGAUUUUUUUGGUUGUACAUCAGAAAAUAGACGAGCUACACAAGAUGGAACAUGGGGAUCAAAUGACAAUUCCGGAGGCAGCUUGUGAGAUAGUUACAAAGAUUAGAUCAUGUCUUUGGUAAAUGUAUAGAAGUUAUGUUGUUGUAACACCAUGUAAAACAUUAUUAGAGCAUCUCCAACAAAUAAUGUAAAACUUGGUGCUCAAAAAAAGUUUUUAGGGCAUGAGAGAGAAGGUUUUGGGCA